AUGGACUUAAUUGGCGACAUUGUAGAACACGAGGCCAGCGCCCCCUCAAACCCCGUCGUGGACCAGCACGCCGCGGCCAGCGGGUUCCCCCAGUUGAGGAAAUUCGAAGGCCUCAAGCCGCGGAAUUCCCGGUUCAGAUCGGGCGGGCCGAGGCUGUCUCCGGCAGAGUCCAAAAUGCACGCCGGCGCCCGGCACUCUGCACCCAAGGACGAGGAGUCCUUGACCGAGGCCCAGCGCAUCCAUCGCGAGAACCUCGAGAAGAUAUCUGCCCUCACGGAGGACGAGCUCACGCACGAACGCGAAGAGCUUCUCCAGGGCCUUGAUCCGCGGCUUGUCCAGACGUUGCUCCGGCGCACAGAGGCGCGGGUGGCGGACCAUGACCACGACCAUGCCGAGGGGUACGGCGGCUGGAUCGGCAGCGGCAAAAACGGCGCGAGUCUCCCUGCUCUCAACGACCAGGAUGUGAACCGUGCGCUAGGCAUCAAGUCUGUGUCGUUCAGGGAGGAUGUGGAAGACAAAGAACACGCCGAAGGCCCGGACGAAGACGCCGAGGUGGCGCCCGAGGGCUACCAAAUCGUGCCCGAGACGCAGCCCGAGGUGCAUUUCCCCAAGCCCAGGCCCGCCCGCGAGGACCCGGACUUGGAUCUCGACGACCCGGCCUUUUUCUCGCGGCUCCACGAAAAGUACUUCCCGGACUUGCCCAAGGAAACCAGCAAGCUCGCGUGGAUGACCACGCCCAUGCCCACGCACGCAGUGGCGUCGUACGAGGCCAUCGGCGACAUGCGCUUCGACUUCAAAGGCAACUUGGUGCAGCUCGACCAGAAGGCGCGAGACACGCCCACGCACUUGGGGCUCCACCACCACGCAGAAAACCCGCAGCUUGCGGGCUAUACCUUGGGCGAGUUGGUACAUCUCUCGCGGUCCGUGGUGCCCACGCAGCGCUGCUUGGGCAUCCAGAUGUUGGGCCGCGUUUUGCACAAGUUGGGCUUGCACAAGUACAACGUGAUGCCCGUCGUGGGGCCGGGCGACGCGGCCUCCGGCUUCGAGGCCGCGGCGCAUGAGCUCAUGGGCCAGUUUGAGGACAUGAUGUGGGACUUGGUCGAGAGCCUCCGCGUGGUGGAAUCGCUCACGGAGGCCAGUGACGAGACACGCACUCGCAACCUCUCGGUGCGGAGCUAUGCCAUCGAGGCCUUGUGGCUCUGGAAACAGGGCGGCGGCCGGCCCCCUGCGGCCCAGAAAAGCGAGGUCGACGCGUUGGCGGAGAACUUGCACCGCAUGUGA